UAGAGGCUGUGACAUGCCGAACAGGAUUGAUAGUAAUUUCCAUAUCUACCGAGAUCGGCAAUGUAGGGUACAUCAAUCGCAUUGCAGCUGCAGCGUGUGCGCAGAGGUUGAACCUGAGAGUCCGACCGGCAGCAUUAACUACGACCUUCUGAUUGACCCUGAGGAUGCAUUGUCAGCCUCUAGUACCAGCACCGUGAUCCCGGAUCUGACUAAGGAUGAAGACCCGUGGAAGCUUGUGAGAGGCCCCUUCAUUAACGUUACUAUUUACACAACACCUGGCCUAUGCUCAAUGGCACCUCUGGGUCUGUCCAAGUUCACACACCUGGCGGAUGGGUGCGUGGACCUGGUGCUGGUGAGAAAUGUGGAGAGGAAGAAUUUUAUUCGCCAUUUGAAACGCCAUGGCAGCGCUAAGAACCAGUUUGACUUCGAUUUCAUUGAGACACAUCGAGUGAAGGCAGUUCAGUUCAGACAGAUAUCAGACUCUGACCGCUGGCUCCACUACAGUGAACCUUUCGAUGCCUUCACCCACUCCUCCCCACACAGACGACGACCAUCCACGGCAGUGAUGGAAAUGUCGGUAGCAGAUGAUGCGAUAGGCGUGGACGGAACAGAAGAUGCGAUGCAGCCUGGUCAGCAACGUGCAUCUAGAGAUGGGCUUAGCAAUCUGAGGAGGUUUAGCAGCAUGGACCGUCUCACGAGAAGGGCGCGGGCGAUGAGCGUGCCCACCGUGAGCUUCGCGAGGCAGCGAGUGAGCUCGGCCGAGCAUAUCUCAGCGACGUCGCAGUGGUGCGUCGAUGGUGAUGUCUGCUGCAAGACUGAGCUGGACUUCAGGCAAGUGUUUGCGGAUGACGACGCCCUUACAAAUCCACGCGCGCGUGCAUGGUGCAGACUGUAUGUGUAUUCACUGCCUUCUACCUACAACCAAGUGCUGAAAUCCUAGCACACGCUGU